AUGGCACAGUCUGUGCGUGGUGCGUCUGGUGCUGAUACAGAGACAGUGUCAGUGUUUGUGAUGGAGGGAGAUUCAGUCACUCUAAACACUGGUGUUAAAACAAACCAACAAGAAUAUAUUAAAUGGUAUUUUAACAACAUUCGCAUCGUUCAAAUCACUGUAGAUCAGAGUAAGAUCUGUACAGAUGAUCAGUGUAAUGAAGGCACUGAGAGAUUCAGAGACAGACUGAAGCUGGAUCAUCAGACUGGAUCUCUGACCAUCACAAACACCACAAACAAACACUCUGGAGAAUAUAAACUAGUGAUCAUCAACGGCAGCAACAAUGAAACGAUCUUCAGUGUUACCGUCACUGGUGUUUCUGUUGCUGAACAAGAUGAAGUGAAGAGAAAGACAGUGAAGGAGGGACAAUCUGUUACUUUAGCUACUUAUGUAAUAAAAAGCCCGAAUUAUGUGGUGUUGUGGUAUUAUAAUGACAUUCUCAUCGCUGAAAUCACUGGAGAUCAGAGUCAGAUCUGCACAGAUGUUCAGUGUAAAGAGAGAUUCAGAGACAGACUGAAACUGGAUCAUCAGACUGGAUCUCUGAACAUCACACACACCACAAACACAGACUCUGGAGUUUAUAAACUACAGAUCAACAUCAGAAGAAUCAGCAUCAUAAGGAGCUUCGAUGUGACUGUCAGCAUAAAGAGUUCUGCGGUUAAUGUCACUGGUUCAGGUGUGUCUUCAGCUGCAGGAAUAUGUGUUGGUGUUGCUGUUGUUGUUCUGCUGGUCGUGGCUGCAGUUGCUUCUGUGAAUUACCGUCGCCACAGGAAACCUACACAAGCAGGACAUAAUGGCUUCACGAGGGAGAACAAUCAUGAUGAGAGAAAUGAUGCGGAAAACUCUAUUCCCUUAUCGAAAAUGUUUUCCGCUGAUCCCUGCUGAUAACGGGACAUCAAUACGACUUUCAGUUUGUAAUGGUGGAGGGCAAAUGAAUCCCAAACGGAUCAGUGCGGGAUGAUCAGGGCCCGAGCACCGAUGCUGAGGGGACCUAUACUGAAAUUGCUCCGUUUAUUAUUAUUAAUCUCUAUAACUCUACCAUUAGCGGCAGCAUUUGUUAUAAAAGAUAUAAUAACGCACUAAUCUAUUUUGAUUUUUUGAUAAAACAUUAAUAUUACUUAAAAAAAUCAGAUGUUCACUUGUCUUCACUAAGUGCCUUCACUGUUGAAAUGUGCAAUUAUUCUUUUUUGUACAAAAUCUUCUGAAUUGUUCUUUGUAUUUUGUUUUAACAUGUAUGUUGUAAAUUGUAUUAUUCUGUCUUUAAGUGUUUGCGAUGUUGAUCAGGUUUGUUUCAUCCAAGUUCUUGCAAAAGGAAGCUAAAGUUUCACAACUUCACAUUAUUUGUCCAUUAUAGAUUUUUUUAUUUAUUGUUUAAUAAUAGCAUAUAUUAUACCAUGUUUGGCUGUUAUAUUUGUU